UUUAUUUAAUCGCAGUUUGAGCUGCCACCGCCACCUUCUAACACACACAAUCUCAGCGGGGAGAAAAAAAAAAAAAACCCUAACCCUAACCCUAUGGACGAGGGAACUUUCUUCUUCUUCGUCUUCUUCAAUUAAUCUGUUGAAAUCUGUGGGAGUUUCUCAAAUUUCAGAGUGGUGGGUGUUUGGGGUAAGGUAAUGGACCAGAGAUCCAUGGUGGAUUUGGAAUCAGAGAGGGAAUCGCUUCGUGUGAAAAGGAAGACCCUUGAAGCCGUUCUUCACCAUUGUCAGAGAGCACUUGAAUCAACUAUCCACGAUAAUUCUACUGAUACCAUCUUCCAUGAACACAGUUCUGGGGCUCAUCCUACCCCACCACCAUCACCACCACCUGAUCUUGAAACCGAUGAGUUAUGUGAUCUGAUCAAAUCUAGAGUUGAAUGCCCUGGCUUCCUUGAAAAGUUAGAAUGUGCCCAGGCAUCUUUUUCACGUGACACAGCUGAAGGUAAUUCUUGGGAUAUGGUCAGUGAUAAUGAUCUCUGGGAAGAUAAAGAUGUUGACUCCGACCAAGAAGAUUAUGUUCUUGUCAAACAAGAAGAUAUUGUGGAAGGCAUCGCUUGCUUCAUGGCUGCAUAUUUGUUAUCCCUGAAGCAGACCAAGGAUUUGACACCUCUUCAACUCCAAGAAGCCCUCAGCAAGACUUUUUCAGUGAAAAAGAAAAAAGGUAAGCUUCAAAAGGCUUGGGAUGGGAGCAAAGUUAUUUAUAAUGUUGCAUCAUGGGGAGCUACGGCUAUUGGGAUAUACCAAAACCCUGUUAUUGUAAGGGCUGCAACUAAAGCAUUCUGGACUUCAUGCCAGGUCAUAUCAAAGCUUCUCUGAUUUGGUAAUGUAGCUUGGAGCAAAGUUGUGGUUGUCAACUUAGGUAGUUGAAUGCAAUUGAUUCAGCUUAGCCUUCCACAAUCUGUUCUAGUUUUAUAUACGAAUUCAAUUUCUUUGCACCAAAGAUCAAUUGAUCUUAGUGUGGCUUGAUGUAAAUAUAACUGGUCUAAUGUUUUCUAGUGUAAUCCAAAAUCUUAUUCAAAA